AUGGUAGCCAUUUCAAAGGAUACCAAAAUGCUUCUGACUCCUCCGUCGUCGACAAAGAAGCCAGUGGUUGAAUCAAAUGUCGGUAAGGUUACUCCUAGAAGGCUGUUUGCGAGGGGUAAGAGUGGUAGGAAGCCUAGGCUUAAAUCGAGGCCGGCUCCAUUUACAAUAUUUUCUAUAGAUGAUUACCUGAGUGGUAUAACAUCCGAGAAGCAUAGCAGUGAUGGUGCUGCUGAGUUUCUACGUUACGCAUUUCAAUACUCGAAGAAGAUAGUGGCUGUUGUUGGGGCGGGUAUUUCAGUAGCUGCAGGUAUACCUGACUUCAGGUCUAGUGAGGGUUUGUUUGAAACUUUGAAAGGUGAUUCUGUAGCAUCAGGUAAGGAGCUUUUUGACUUCAAUAGAGUUUAUUCAUCAGAUGAAAUGAGCAAAAAAUUUCAUUCGAUGAUAGUUGAUUUGCAUUCUUUAUCGCAAAAAUCGGAGCCAACAAAAUUCCAUCUCCUAUUGGAUCACUUAGCGUCACAACAACGACUUGUAAGACUUUACACACAGAAUAUAGAUGGCCUCGAUACAAGGCUUGAAAAUUUGAAGACUACAGUACCUCUAGAUAAACCAAUACCGACUACCAUCCAAUUACAUGGUAGUGUUGAUUAUAUGGAAUGUAAUCUCUGCGCCAAAAUAGAUUGUUUUAACCCUGAGGCAUUUGAAAAUGAAGGAGAAAUAAUACCGUUAUGCCCUCAAUGCAAAGAAUUCGACGAAGUACGGAAAGUUGCUGGAAUCCGAUCCAAAGGCCUUGGUAAAUUAAGACCAAGGGUUGUGUUGUAUAAUGAAGUUCACCCGGAAGGCGAUCUUAUUGGUCAAGUUAGCAAUAAAGAUCUAAAACAAAAAAUUGAUUUUCUACUCAUUGCUGGUACUAGUUUAAAGAUACCAGGAGUAUUACAAAUGUGUAAGAAAUUUAUUGAAAAAGUGGUAAAAAACAAAGGAAUUGUUAUUUAUUUCAAUAAGGAAAUGCCAACCCAAUCUCUCCUUAAAUCUUUAGGCCAUAUUGAUCUUAUUGUAUUAGGAGACUGCCAGAAUAUAUCAGAUUUACUAUCGCUGUAG